AUGUCGGGUGCCUUGAGACACAGGCAGCGUGAUGAUAGGGACCGAGAGCUGGAGCGGUUACGCAAACUGGUAAUGGAUCUAGAGUUGGAAGCAAGGGGUCGACACCAGGAAAGGGAUCGAAACCACCGACAAAGGAGAGAUGAUAGCAUGGGAAAUCGAGGCGAAGAGAGCUCUAGCCAAUCUAGUCCCCAACGAUUCCAGGACCGGUCACUCUCCCGAGAAUCACGCCGGCGUAGGAACCACUCACACUCCCGAGAGACACGUUAUCACCGGAACCGUUCACGUUCGCGCGGAUACGACGAUCGAGGCUCAGAUUCACCAGAGGAACGACGACCCCACAAUGCUGCCAUGGACGCCAUGAGUCGAGCCAUACGAAGGGCUGCUCAGUCACCAUUCUCCGAUGAAAUUGAACGGGCCCCUAUGCCGAGUCGAUUUACAUGA